AUGGCUCUUACAUACCAGCAGACCAAGCUGGUCAAGGACACCAUCCCCGCUCUCAAAGAGCACGGCGAGAGGAUAACAAGCAUCUUCUACAAGACUAUGCUCACCGACCAUCCCGAACUCAACAACUACUUCAACUCGGUAAACCAGAAAAAUGGCAGGCAACCUCGUGCCCUGACGGCCGUUAUCUUGGGCUUUGCCGCAAACAUUAACCACCUCAGCGAACUCGUACCCAAGUUUGAGCGCAUGUGUAACAAGCACUGCUCAUUAGGUAUUCAGCCAGAGCACUACGAGGUUGUCGGCAAGUAUCUCAUCCAGGCUUUUGGAGAGGUCUUGGGCCCCGCGAUGACACCCGAGGUGCAGACGGCAUGGACAAAGGCGUACUGGAUGUUGGCCAAGAUGUUGAUCGGGCGCGAGGUACAAUUGUACAGGGACUUUGAGAGCUGGUCCUCUUGGCGUCCCUUUAAGAUCGACAGAAUCGUCAACGAGUGCGACGACCUCUACUCCUUUUACCUUGUGCCUCAGGAUGGAAAGCGGUUACCGAGAUAUCUCCCUGGCCAGUACAUCUCCGUCCAGAUCCAGAUCCCCAACGGCUACCUUCAGUCCAGACAGUACUCCCUCAGUGAGGCUUGGAGAGAGGACUACUACCGUAUCACCGUCCGCCGCGACGAGGGUACCGUGUACUCCAACUCCGUUUCCAAGUCCUUCUUCAAUCCCGGCACCGUCUCCAACUACCUUAUCGAUCAGACCACCGUCGGCUCUGUCCUCAAGGUCUCCCACCCGGCCGGCGAGUUCUUCUUGGAUAUCAACAACACCAGCACCAUGCCCCUGGUCUUGAUCUCUGCCGGUGUCGGCGUCACCCCCAUGGUUUCCAUCGCCAACACUGUUAUGGAGAACCAGCCCGGCCGUCAGAUUGCUUGGGUACAUGGCUGCCGCAAGCACGUCCCCUUCGAGGAGCACAUCAGGGAUAUGCGCAAGAAGAACUGCAACUUCCACACCAAGAUCUUCAAGACCGUCAUCAACAGCACUGAUCGCCCUGGCGAGACAUAUGACUACAACGAACGCAUGGACCUGGCCAAGCUCAAGCCCGAGGAGCUCUAUCUCCAGCAUGGCGGCACUGAGUACUUCAUCUGCGGCCCAGAGCAGUUCAUGAUCAACCAAAAAUUCUACCUCAUGCAGCAGGGCGUCCCUGCCUCGCGCAUCAAGUGCGAGAUCUUCACCACGGGAGAUCUGGUGUUCAAACAAGGAUGA